AUAGCGUAGUCUAAUUUCAGCUACAAUAUUUAUUUUAUGUUAGCAGCAUGGCAGACGAUCUUGGCGACGAAUAUUGGUUGGAUGGUGACACAACUGGAGGACAGGGCGAUAUAGAACCAGAUGUCCCUCCUGGAGUCAAACAUGGACAGAAAAAAGCCUCAACUUUGAGGAAGGAAAACAAGCAACUAAAGAAGAAGAGGAAGCAACCCCCUACCUCGGAAGAACAAGAGAACAAAGAACAAGCAAAGAAAGCAAAGAAGAAGAAAAAGAAGAAAAAUUUGACCACUCAUUUAGCAUCAGUAGGUGACCAGCCAGGAACCAAAGAUGACCUGCAAGUAUCCAUGGCAACAUACUACCAUGAUGACUUAUCAACCGUUGAGAUGGAAGAACUUAUACUUGAUGAUGACUGCUUCUUAGCGCCCAAUUAUGACAAGGAUCCAGUAUCAGGCUACCUCUCAAGGAAUAUACCCACAUGGACGGACAUGGUUGAUGAACACAAGAAGGAGAAGACCUCAAACCAUUCUAGCAUCGUUCUACUUCUAACGUCUAGCGCAAAAAGGGCAGUGGACCUGAAUAGAGAUACGCAGGCGUUCAAGGGAACUUGUGUCACGGCUAAGCUCUUUGCUAAGCACUUACGGAUCAGCGAGCAAGAGAAAUACCUGAGCAGUCACAGAGUCCAGUUUGCCGUAGCGACGCCCCACAGAGUCUCCAGCCUUCUUGAAUCUGGAUCAUUUACCAUGGAAGAUAUGAAGUAUGUCGUACUGGAUUGGAACUGGCGCGAUGCUAAGCUCAGGAGGUUUGUGGAUAUCCCCGAACUGAAGAAAGACCUCUUUGAUUUGUUGAGGAAACAUUUAGUACCGGCAGCCAACAAGGGACAACUCAGCUUUGGACUGUUUUAAGGACCCUGCAUGGUGCUUGAACUACUUCGCUGGCUCCAGGUCUGUGUUUCAUUCCUGUGCAUUCACACAUGAAUCUUACAACUGAGUUGGAGUCAUCUAAAACGUGUCAGAAUAAGAUGGUCCAGGAAGCUCAGGAAACCCCAUUCAGGAUUUUCUGUAUAUUGAUCAGCUUGGAUGAAGGAGAAGGUCUCACAAGGUUCACAUUGUGCUGCAAAAGUUUUGUGUCCAUCCUCAAAAACAUUGAAUGAAACCUCUCUAUAAAAUUGGCUAUAUUUAUAAGCUGCUACUGGUACAAAUUCUUCAAGGCCUGGGCCCCUCUUACAAAGAGUUACGAUUAAUCAAAAUCAAUCGCAAGUACUCUAUCGCAAGUUUGCAAUCUUCUAUUUUUUAUGUACAUAGUUGCGAUUGAUAUCACUUGCAAGUAAGUUGCGAUUGAUAUCAACUCUUUGUAAGAGCCCUAAAUUUCAGAAAGUAUACAAAGUAAUGCACUCUGAGGACUCAGUGAUGGAAUGAGCCUAUGGAUGCCAUUUUUAAUAAUCUUAUAUUUUUCAGUCACUACAUGCCCCAAAAUGGCCAGUUCUACUUUGCAGGAGACCAUUCAUUAAAUUUGUUGCUGUCUAUUAUGUAGUAUAUCAGCCCGGAGUCAUUUGUUCACAGAGUUUGGCCAACUUGGUUUCACUUGGUCACAACAUGGCUUAUAUUCUCUUGUUUUGUGCUUGCCCAACAAAGCAGUAUUUCCCAUAUUGUGCCCAAACUAUCCUUAUCAAUGGCUCAUUACCAGCUUGGGGUCUAGCGCCAUCUUGUGUCCCUUACUUUGAGAGAUUCCCAAGUAAUUUUGUAUUGAUAGCAGUAUGUUACUGUGAAUGUACUAUGAAAAUAAUUGAAUUAAAACAAAACAUAACCUAUUUUUGUUUUAAAAAAACUACUAGGAGUUGCAUAAAGAGGAAUAAGGAUCAAUCUUUAAUGAGGAGGAAAAAAAUCUUUGGUUUCCUCUUCUUGGCAAUGUUUCUCCAAAGGUCAGGAUUACUCUAACUUUGUCAUAUGAGUCUGAAGUGAAAUAUUUGGGGUUGAGUUACACCUGCCCAGUUUCAUUUUAAUAUUUGAGUGAUAAUGAUAAUGUUUCUGUCUUGACCAUGUUACUCAAGUACUCUUAAACACAUGUCAUAAGAUUAGAAGUAAUUUCCAUGGAAAUCCAUGAUUUUGUCAACAUCCUCAUUUUUUGCUUCCCUUCACUAACAGUUGCUUUUUUUAAAAGUUAGAAGUACAUGGAAAAAGAUGUGUUUCAAUGGAAAAGACUUGCAUACUGUGAUACCUCAAAUAAAGUGAAAAGAUUUU